GUUCAUAUCGGUAAAUACCACUGUCUCUCAACUCUGAAUUUUGGAACUCUUCAUGAUCAGAAAAGGGCGAGGAAAUGGAAACAAACUACAGAUCGUUUAUUUUAAGGAUAGCAGAAAAUAUCACAAAAGAAAAGCUGGAACAAAUGAAAUACUUAUGCAUGGAUUUUAUUUCAGAAGGAAAACUUGAGACGAUCACUUCUCCCUUGCAACUCUUUAAAGAGCUUGAAAGGCUUAAAAUGAUGGACAUUGACAAUCUAUCAUUUUUAAGGGAACUUUUAGAGAACGUCACGUGUUUAGAGCUGGUAGGGAGACUAAACGACUUUAUUUUACGACGAAAACUCUGCCUAGAGGAACAAAGAAAACAGCUAAGAUAUAGCAAAGACCUCUGCGAUGCAGUGGUCAAAUGUUUAGUGAUGGGAGAAAGCAGAGGGGAUCAGCCUCUUUGUCGCACAGAAGCAUUGAAGACGUCGGGUGGAAGGCAGGUGGAUGAAGAGGAGCUCAGGUUACAGAAUAGAUGUCCUUGUGUAGUUCAUUGUCCUCCAAAUGAAAGAGAGCCAAGAGAAAUUUCUCUUCAUGUUGCUGUUAAGUUGGCCUCAAAAGGUGCUUGGUUUGCUGGAACAUUCUUUAUCCUCAAGAGGUACAUAAAUGAUCCUGUGACUCUUGCUGGCUUGUUUGCAUCAGUGGUCCUUCCAUCAGGAGUAAUGAUAAAGUAUCUUUGUGAAGGUUCUAUCAUUUGUGUGUUAGAAGCAACUCAUCUGCCAGGGCUACAGGAAUUGUGGCUAAAUUAUCAAAGUGGCAAGCUUCUAGAAGCUUUGGAAGAGGUUUUGAUCACAGAGGAACUGAAAGCACUAGCAGAUGGCCAAGAGAUAACAAUGAGUGUAACUCUAGAUGAGAAUAUUUACCGUGAAGUAUGUUUGGAACUCAUGGUUGUUAAACAAAAGGUUGAUCAAACUUUUGGAAAUGUUCAACAGAGACCACGCAGUUUAUCUGACAGUCAGAUUAAUUUCUUUCAAAAACCUUGGACCACCUCCCAAGAAAAGAGCUUACACAUUUUGGCUAAAGCAGAGAGAUCACGACGCAAGAGGGCUGAAAAAAAAUUGGUGAACAUGCUAGCUUAUCAAUCUUUUGAAGCUGAUUUCCAGUCUGAGUUCAGUCUCUUAAUUGGUGAGAAAGGCCAAGAGACAGAUGGUGAUGAAAGUUCAUCAGUGACCAGCAGUACCACAGAAGAGGAGCUCCUUGAUUUUGAAGAAGCAAAUAAUGAACUGUCUGACUUCUGGUCAUCCAUAAAAGGUGGUCCGAAAGAAAAGAGUUGGAAGGACUUUGAAGGUGCUGUCAAGGGAUCAUAUUCAGAAUACCUACAGCAUGAAGGAAUUGCCUUGUUAAAAUUUCUUAUGUAUGUCCUCAUGGGCAAAUAUGAAAAAAAGGAAUCUGCACCUGUCUACCGCCAUAACUUCAUAAGACUCUCAGUGUGGUUUGGAUCUCCCAAUGAAGGAAUGCAAGGCUGCCUAAAGAAGAUGCUCCAUCUGAUGAAGAACUCAGUUUCUGUUGAUGCUGAUGGUAAAAGAACAAGCUGGUUUGCUGGAUAUAUGUCAGAAGAAGAGGCCAAAAAGAAACUGCAGAGUGAAAAAAGGGGAGCCUUCUUGGUCCGGUUCAAAUGUUACGGUCAACCAGGCUUUUUGCUGACCAAAAAGUCCCGUAAUGGUCUAAGUAUUGUUGACUUUCCAAUCGAGGUCAUUAGAGACACAGGAAAACUAUCAUUUAAUGAUCGAGAUUUCCCAGAUCUUCCCUCCUUGAUGACAGAGUUGAGGAAGUCAUGGAUGACAGACCUACAACCUUUUUAUUCUAUGGAAGGAUUUUGAAGAAACCCAACCCUAACAAAGUUUUAUCAAGGAGCCAGGUUCUAAAUAUAUUAUUAACUUUUCAUUCCCAACCUGUCGGAUCAUAUGUAAUUUUCAAAACUAUACAUUACUGUAGCUCCUUUGACAGCUGAGAAUUUAUGUAAUUUCUGAUGUUUGACUGACAUGGGAACCAAUAUGUCAGAAAUUUUUAUUCUGAUGGCAUUUUGAAGUGGUUUGUGUGGCAUCAUGGAAGUUUUGGAUCAUUUAAGCAUUUUGCAGGAAAAUUAAGUCAUUCUAGGUCGGUAAGUCUUACGUUUGACCACUUUCUUUUUUAUAUUUCUUGUAAUUUUGGUAGUAAUUAAUACUGCAACCAGGUUAGUUUACCCGGUCCUCAGGGUAUUGUGCUGCAGCAUUUGAUGAGGAACACAUUUCCACUCAUUUUUUGGCCACAUUUAAUGAGUGGUUUUUAGUGGUUUUUUAUAUCUGGUGCAGCACAGGUUCUUCAUGUAGAACCCCUAGUUUUAGACUAUAUAUUUAUAACAUUGUAUCAGGAUCUGUAUACUAGAAGACUGACCGACUCA